CAGCUCUAGUAUACAAAUUGGCGAAUUGUUGUGUGGUGUGAAAAUUCAUACUUUCGCAAAUAAAUUAUUAAACCUUGGCAAUAAGUUCCUACGUACGGAGCACAAACGAGCUCAUCCCCGCCCCAAUUACAUAUCCACCGAGUUCACACACCGAACCAGCACCAAGGGUAGUUUUUCAUCUCGCGCGAGUGAGUCACUGGCCAGAUUUCCCCACCCAAAAAAAAAACAAGACAGCCGUCUUGCCUCUCAACCACUUGCCAAGCUCAAGUUCAAGUGAUCUCACCAGAUAGAUAGUUCCGAAAUGGCCGCCGUGGAGAAUGCCGAGCCGCGCACUGAGCUCCAGGAGCUGCAGUUCAAGUCCGGACAGGUGGCCGAUGAAUCCCUGGAGAGCACGCGUCGGAUGCUCGCCCUCAUGGACGAAAGCAAGGAGGCUGGAAUCCGCACGCUGGUGGCCCUGGAUGACCAGGGCGAGCAGUUGGACCGCAUUGAGGAGGGCAUGGACCGGAUCAACGCGGACAUGAGGGAGGCGGAGAAGAACUUGAGUGGCAUGGAAAAGUGCUGUGGCAUCUGUGUGCUGCCGUGGAAGAAGGUGAACAUCAAGGACGACGGUGAGAGCGCCUGGAAGGCCAAUGACGAUGGCAAAAUCGUGGCCAGCCAGCCGCAAAGGGUCAUUGAUGAGCGGGAACGCGGCGGCAUGGGUGCACCACCGCAGUCCGGCUAUGUGGCCAGGAUCACGAACGAUGCGCGUGAGGAUGAGAUGGACGAGAAUCUCGGGCAGGUGAACUCGAUGCUGGGCAACCUGCGCAACAUGGCCCUGGACAUGGGCUCCGAGCUGGAGAACCAAAACAAACAGGUUGAUCGCAUCAAUGCCAAGGGCGAUGCCAACAACAUUCGCAUGGACGGCGUGAACAAGCGCGCCAACAAUCUGCUCAAGAGUUAAAUAUGCACAACGGCCACGUCCCGAAACCAUAGCGAACAUGUUAGUCAGACACCACCUCCAUUUCAAUGUUGUUAGGGAAAGAAACCAAUGUUGUGGGCACAAACCGUAGCUGGUGGUAUUGCGUUAUUGAUACCAUAUAUUAUACACAUAUACAAGUAGUGGCAACUACUCCUGGCAAACGCAAGCGUAACAAACCCAUCUACUUACAAGAACUUUAAGCCGCCGAGCCGGAUGAACUAACUACUACUUUCUAAAACUAUAUAUAUAUAUAUAUAUAUAUAUAUAUAUAUAUAUAUAUAUAUAUAUAUAUAUAUAUAUAUAUACAUAUAUGCGAACCAACAUACUAACUACUUACUAUUACUACACUCGUGUACAAAUGGCAACCAGAUGGCGCCGGAAACAAUUUUAUUAUGAGAUUUACCGUAUAUGAUGUACUCUGUUUUUGGUACAAACUUUUUGAGCAUUUUACCGAUCUUUGUGAAAUCAAACCAAGCAACUGCUGAGAUGGAUAAAUGUGAAUUAAUGUAUUUACAAUUCGUAGAACCACCGCAUCCCGCACGGGCACCGAAAAACCAAACAAAGACGGGCGGAAAUUAUGUAUAACGUAGCCAAUUUUAUGUUCUCCAUUGUUAACCCUUUUUAAGUAGGCCAUGUAUUUGGGCAUUUCGCAAGCCCAGCACAGCAGUCCAAGCACCAAUUCUAUUGAAUUACACUAGAUUUGCACUCGAACCUCUUGCUUCGUACAUAUGAAUAAUUUAUCCCCAGUGAAUGUAACCCCGAUCGAGUUACGUAGCUCUAGCUUAAGUACUUGAAAUUGUUGGUUGCAAUUAUCGCAAAUAUUUAAGAAACUACCUGUUUGUGCGCAAGAUAUUUCUCGUUAAUUAUUAAAUGUACUAUGGAACGAGU